UUGUCAUGCCCUUUUGCUGUGGAUGCCGUAUAAGCUGUGGAAGGUCAAGGUUCUCUGUCCCAGUCCUGCCUGUGGACAGCAUCAACUGACAGGAGGCGGUCUGCAUAAAAGGGCACGGCAAGUUCAUGACAUUGACAGGAUGUACAACAUGGUCACAGAAACCCUCAUCUGUAAGAAGUGUAAAGCUUCUCACGUGUCCUGGAGUCAGACUGUCCUGCAACAGCUGGAUCUGGGUCAUCGCUCUGAGUUUCGGGUCAUCCUCACGCAGAAGUAUGCCUGUGAUCUGAGAGUCAUUAGACUCUUGCGUGAACGUGGCCUAGGCAACAGCCCCACGCGUGUUAUUAAACAGCUGCGUGAGAACCACAGCGAGGAGUGGCUCCAGCGUCUGGCCCGGUACACCACCCAGUGCAUGGACUUCAUCAACCGCCCUGGGGUGUUGCCAAUGCAGUUCCAGGAACCUCCUGAGCCUACAGUGUUGCCGAGCGUCAAGUGGCUUCUCACUGUGUACAGCCAAGACAUCCUGACAAGGCUGGAUGAAAUCCAUGCCAGGAUAACAUCCACACAUGGCACAGUGUUGAAAAUGGAUUCAACUAAAAAGAUCACCAAGAAGCUGGCUGGGACAGCGAGGGGAACAGGAAACUGGCUCACCUCUGUUGGCAAUGAGUUUGGUCAGGUGUUCAUAAGUGUGUUGACAGCCCAGGAAGGAGCAGGACUGGACAUGAUGAUAGAUGGUCUGGUGAAAAGAUACCAGCAGGCUGGUGUGGAUCCACCUGCUGUGUUGUAUGUUGACUGUGGGUGCUGCACUGAGGUGGGGGAAACCAAGCUGAAAACCAGGUUCAGAGGAUGGCCAGAUCUCUUAAUAAGGCUGGACAUCUGGCAUUUCAUGCGCAGGAUUGCUGUGGGCUGUACAACUGAUGCCCAUCAGCUUUAUCCUAUAUUCAUGGCACGACUGUCUGCAUGCAUCUUUGAAUGGGAUGCUGCUGAUGUUGCUGUGCUACGCAGAGCCAAGAAAGAGCUGCUGGUGUCCCAGGGUUGGCCUGUGCUGACAGAUGAAGUUGUCAAUAAACAUCUUUCCAAACAGGAGCUGGCUCUGCAUUGUCGGAGGAGGACCCGUGGAGAGGAGACUACCAUUCUUCUCCUUGAGCGGCUAACAGAGCUCAUGACCAGCAAUGGCAGUGACUCUAUGGGUGUUCCUCUUCUGGACAGAGAAAGGAUGGAGCACAUCUGGAGUGUCCAGAAGAAGCAUGUCAAAUGCAUCCAGGACCCACCCGGUGUAGCCCUCUAUACUGAGACGGGGACCUUAACCAAGGGAGGUGUGGUCACUGGUACCAACAGUCUUAACUUUCAGAUUUAUCUGCUGGAGGGACUAAACAGGUGGAAUCAGGACCGGGAGGCUGCUUCCUUGUCAUCAGGACCAUCAGCUUUGUGCAGCUACACGGGAGAACUUGUUUACUGCGUAAACAGGAAUUAUGAAAAGCUGUUUGGCAAGAAAGUGGUCCCCACAUUUCAUCCACCUGCAUGUUACACUGGUGAACUUAUUGGAGUGCAGUAUUUAUUCCACCAGACUGGUCGGGCACUCCAGGACAUGAGCCCAGACUCUGAGCAGACGGCAGAGCUUGUAGAGGAACUUGAUGUGGAGGAGAGGGAGGAAGAUGAAGGGUUCUUUGACAUCAAUGAGGAUCACACAAUAAGAGAUCCAGAGGCUGUUCUGUCACCGCCCUCCACCAUGACAAGGAGUCCCUCUACCUUGGUUGCAAGCAGUACCACAUCUAUUCAGGCCUCCAUAUGUCCUUCACCGGUCCCUGAACCGGUUCUUCUGACACGUGACCCCUCACAGUCUCCAACUGCUCUCUCACCUGUUCACUUGGAGCCUGGAGAUACUGGUGAUGAUGAUGAAAUGGCUGUUGACUCCCAGAACGUGCCAGGAUUCCAGCAUGUGGACAGGCUGGCAGAAUAUCUGGUCGAGCUUAGGAAACGCACAGCCCUCAGCCUGACUAACCAGGAAGCAGAAACGAUUAUUGGACUUUGGCAAAACCUGGAUGCCUUUGACAAGCGGCGGGUGGUGUAUCGACCUCGUUUCAAGAAGAGACUGCUGACUGGACGGUUCAGAACACCAAAGACGCUCACUCGCACCCCUGGAGUAGAGAGCACCACCAGAUGCGUGCUGGGUGCAAGCAGCGCACCUGCUCAGUGGCCUGACUGUUGCCGUCUGGUGGAAACCAUUUUCAUCAGGCUGUGCGUAAUCCACCUUGCCCCCAAAAGAAAAGGUGGGAAAACUUAUUCGAGAUGGUCUUUGAUCCUAGAAGACUAUCGCAAGAUAAGGCAGCUUGUGUUUGGCAAUGGCUUGGUGAUGAAUGAAACUUCAUUGCAGCUGGUGGAGGUUAACCAGAAUACCCUGAUUAACUGGUUCAACGAAAGAAAGAUAGACCAGCAAGUGUCACUGCUAGUUCGAGGCCUUGAUUUGCCUCAUCCCAUCCCUGAAGCUCAGGAGCCUCUUCAGGAUGCAAAACGGUUACGAACUGAGCUGCAGCAACCAAUGCAGCUGCACCAGUACAAGCUACCAGAUAGCACAGCAGGACAGGCAAAGCAAAGAGUAAUAUCUAUUAGGCAGCCCCCUCUCAGACCCAAAACACCAGCAGCACCUGGAGCAUCACUGCAAAUGGUGUCAACAGGUUUCCAAAAUGUGCCGUUGCUCCAGUUUGUGCCAGUGGUGCAGGGAAUGCCAAUGGUGCAGGGCAUGCCGGUAAUUCAUGGUGUGCAAAUGGUGCAGGGCAUGCCACUUAUGCAGCCAGUUUUACAGCCAGCAGUUGUCCAAGGCACCACCUCACAGCCAGCUCCACCAGGUCCUAGUCAAGGAGCUAUGCCCAAGAGACCCUACAAGCGAACAGUAGAGGCGAACACUUGCAAGAAGUGUGGCCAAUUUAAGAUUGCUGAAACUGGGCAUAGCCAAUACAGGGGCAAGGUGUACUGUCCCCAGACUGAGACUGUGUCCAAAGAAGUGUGGUUGGAGAACAUGCGUAGAAUCUCCAACUAA